ACAUCCGGGAUCUUUCAAGAUGUCAGCCUUCUGCAGCAGACUCGCCGGUAAAAUAAACAAAACUUUAAAGAUACAGAAUGUAUGUAUACGCCAUCUGUCUGUCUCCUCUCCAUGCUGUGUUGGAGAACAAGCCAAGCUGUUUCCAAUUGUUAAAACCCCAAUGCUCCCAGAAGGCUCAUUUAAAGGAAAGACGGUCUUCAUAACAGGAGGAGGCACUGGUCUGGGAAAAGGGAUGACAACAAUGCUGGCUCGACUGGGAGCACAAGUUGUCAUUACCAGUCGAAGGAUAGAUGUACUUGAAAACACUGCAGCUGAAAUUAGUAAGGAAACAGGAAGUAAGGUGCUUGCCGUGGCUGCUGAUGUGAGAAAACCUGAGACUGUAGAAAAGGCAGUUGACCAAUGUGUAAAAGCAUUUGGUCUACCACAUGUUGUUAUCAACAACGCUGCAGGAAAUUUCAUAUCACCAUCAGAAAGACUUUCUCCUAAUGCUUGGAAAACCAUCACAGACAUUGUACUAAACGGCUCGGCCUAUGUCACUCUGGAUAUUGGCAAGCGCCUUAUAGCUGCAGGACAGGGUGCUGCCUUCCUUGCUAUCACUACCAUAUACGCAGAGAGUGGAUCAGCUUAUGUUUCUCCCAGUGCUGCAGCCAAGGCAGGAGUUGAAGCCAUGACAAAGUCUUUAGCUUCCGAGUGGGGAAAAUAUGGAAUAAGGUUGAACUGCAUUGCCCCAGGACCUAUCCACACUGUGGGUGCAUUUAGCCGCCUUGACCCCACUGGUCAGUUUAUCGAUAACGUGAAGGAAGUGAUGCCAGUUGGGCGCCUUGGAGAGGUUGAGGAAUUAGCUAACCUGGCUAGCUACCUUGUCAGCGACUAUGCAAGCUGGGUAACAGGGGAGGUUGUUCGCUUUGAUGGAGGAGAAUUUAUUGGUAGAGCAGGAUCGUUUAAUGAACUUCGCCAGGUAACUAAGGAGCAGUGGGACAUCCUUGAAGAAAUGAUUCGUAAAACCAAGGGAUCUUGAUUGGUGCAAAUAUCUUUAUAAGGGAAAAAUAAAUAAGUAAAGAGGGCAAAAAACAAUCCGAGUUUAUACUGCAGACAAUGACAUUACAUCAUUAAAACAUUGGAUCUGGUUUGAAUUAGAUGCUGAUAGUUUGUUUGAAGUUCUGAAAGAAAGGUUUCAAUCAGUGGUCAUGAUUGCACCUGUCUGACUUGCCUGUAUAUAUCUAAUGUUUACAUAUACUUUUUUUCUAUUUUUCCUUUGGCCUCAAUUUAUGAGUUUACUCAACUGAAAAAAAAGGAUCAAAUUUGUUGACAGUUGAUUUUUUCCAGUUGUCUUAUUCUGUGAUAAUGUAUGAUUGUACAAUAAAAGUACAAAUGUAUGCAGAUGUUUUCAAGCAAAUCUUUGAUUAUUAAAUUAUUUUUGUAUGAAA